AUGUUGUCUCGCAUUGCUACUAGAUCUACAAGGAUAUUAUCCCUCAACUCAUUAAUACAUCCAUUGACACUUCGUGCACCGAGUAGUCGGCAAAGUCGCGUCUAUCAGUCUCCCCUUCUCAAGAAAUUUUCCACAACUAUCCGACAACGCAAUGCGUUUGCUCCCCUGGACACAUUUGCUCGCCGGCACAAUGGCUCUGUAGAGGGUGACAUAGAGGUCAUGCUUGACGUUGUGGGCGUAAAAGACAUGGACGAACUUGUCACGAAAACUAUUCCGAGCAAUAUUCGCUCAACACGUCGCCUUCAUUUGGAUAAUGCUUUAACUGAGAGCGAAUUGUUGGGGCGAUUAAAAGAAAUUGCUUCAAAAAACAAAGUCUACAAGUCUUACAUUGGAAUGGGCUAUGCAGACACAGUAGUCCCACCGGUUAUUUUGAGAAACGUGUUAGAAUCGCCUGGAUGGUACACACAAUACACUCCGUAUCAACCGGAAAUUUCUCAAGGACGCUUGGAAUCAUUACUGAAUUUCCAAACAAUGGUUUCUGACAUCACGGGAUUACCAAUAUCUAAUGCUUCAUUACUUGAUGAAGGUACGGCUGCAGCAGAAGCAAUGCGAAUGUGCUAUUUACAUAAAAGUAAAAAGCGUCAUACCUUCUUUGUCGAUGAAAAUUGUCAUCCUCAGACCAUUGCGUGCGUGCAGACACGCGCAGAGGCAUUUAACAUUAAUAUUAAAAUUGGUAAUGCAUUGACAUAUGAUUUUGAGCAGCACAAGGAUGACUUGGCCGGCGUUCUCAUUCAGUAUCCGGCAACGGACGGAAGCAUAAAUGAUUAUUCAUCAUUUGCCAAAAAAAUUCAUUCGUAUGGCGGCCAAGUCGUAUGUGCAACUGAUUUAAUGGCAUUGACAAUGUUGGUACCUCCUGGAGAAUGGGGAGCUGACAUUGCUCUUGGCAAUAGCCAACGUUUCGGUGUCCCCUUGGGGUAUGGCGGUCCGCAUGCGGCAUUUUUUGCAGUUGCAAAGCAUUACGAACGCAAAAUGCCAGGGAGACUUGUUGGUGUAUCACAUGACUCUCACGGAGUCAAAGCAUACAGAUUGGCAUUACAAGCAAGAGAACAGCAUAUCAGAAGAGAAAAAGCGACUAGUAAUAUUUGUACUGCUCAAGCUUUGCUAGCUAACAUGGCCGCCAUGUAUGGCGUAUAUCAUGGACCGGAGGGAAUCAAAGCUAUAGGCAAAAGAAUUCACAACCUCACAACAAUCCUGGCAGACGGGCUGGCGCAAUUGGGAUAUCCAAUAAAGACUAGGCAAUUUUUUGAUACCUUAGCUGUACACGUAGAAGAAGGAUCAGAUGUAAUAAUCAACAAGGCUUUAGAAUUCGGCAUUAAUCUACGCAAGAUUGAUUCAUCAACAGUUGGUAUUACCUUGGAUGAAACAGUCAUUAAACAAGACUUGGAACGAUUAAUUAAUAUAUUCAGCAAACCAAAAGUAACAGCGCCUGAUCUGGCAGCAAUCGCCGAAAAAUCUCGAUCUGCAGUUGCAACCCAAUUUCUUAGGAAAUCCCCAUUCAUGCAGCAUCAGGUCUUCAAUAGCUACCAUUCUGAAACUGAAAUGUUGCGUUAUAUUCAUUACCUGCAGGCCAAGGACCUUUCGCUUGUUCAUUCGAUGAUUCCAUUGGGCAGUUGUACAAUGAAACUCAAUGCCACAACCGAAAUGAUUCCAGUAACAUGGCCCGAGUUUGCGAACAUACAUCCAUUUGCUCCAUCAGAACAAACAAAAGGAUACGAAAAGUUAAUAAAGGAAUUGGAACAUGAUCUUGCCGACAUCACUGGAUACGAUGGCGUAUCGAUACAACCUAAUUCGGGCGCGCAGGGAGAAUAUGCUGGUCUCCGAGUAAUUCGUGCCUAUCAUCAAUCUCGUGGCGAUAACGACCGUAAUAUUUGUCUAAUUCCUGUAUCUGCCCAUGGCACUAACCCUGCAUCUGCUGCCAUGGCUGGAAUGGAUGUUAUCAUUGUAAAAUGUAAAACGAAUGGCGAUCUCGAUAUGGAAGAUCUUGAAAAGAACGCGGCAAAGUACAAAGACAGAUUAGCUGCGUUUAUGGUUACGUACCCGUCGACAUAUGGGGUGUUUGAAACCGGGGUAACGGAAGCUUGUGACAUUAUACAUAAAUAUGGUGGACAGGUUUAUAUGGAUGGGGCUAACUUGAACGCGCAAAUUGGUCUGUGUACACCUGCAGAGAUUGGAGCUGAUGUGUGUCAUUUGAAUCUUCACAAGACACUGUGCAUUCCGCAUGGUGGAGGUGGUCCUGGUAUGGGACCGAUAUGCGUUAAAUCACAUUUGAUCCCUUUUCUUCCUGGACACCCAUUAAAACAUGUUGGUGGCGAGAAGGCAAUUGGUCCUAUUUCUGCAGCUCCAUAUGGUUCUGCAGCUAUAUUACCAAUCUCGUGGGCAUAUAUAAAAAUGAUGGGUGCGGACGGCUUGACACAGGCUACUAAACUGGCUCUUCUUAAUGCAAACUAUAUGGCUCGUCGACUAGCACCAUAUUAUAAAAUAUUGUACACAAAUAAUAAUGGCAUGUGUGCUCACGAGUUUAUAAUUGACAUCGGACCAUUUAGGACAAUUAAAAUUUCUGCCCUUGAUAUUGCCAAGCGAUUGCAGGCGAGCAUUUAG